UAUGCUGUUGCGACCUGUGCAGAGAUGCGGACGGGGAUGACGAGAAGGUUGUUGUUGUGGUGGUGUGUGUUGCUGGUUGUGUUGAGUGGUGGUGGCCCGACACAGGCCACCAACUCCACCACGACCACGACCACGACCACGACAACACCAGCAAUGAACAACAGUACGUCAGCAUCACCAAUGAACAGUACUAUGAGUGCGCCAACCACGCUCAACGGCACGACUACAUCGACCGUUGCAAGCGUUACAAAUGUGACAAAUGCCACCAUGAAUGUGUCAGCGCCAACCACGACCGGCACAACAGCCACAAGUGCAACGAGUGCUGUAAACGCAAGCACAUUUGCCACGACAACAACAACAACAACAACAACAACAACAACAACGACGACGACGACGACGACGAGGGGUGGUGACGGUGUGCCGGCUGGGACUGCAGGUGCAACAGCUUCUCUUCCCUUCAACCCCAACAACCCAUGCGUCCCUUGCGAGCUUCUGCCGGACGAGUUCCUGGACUGCGAUCGACCGGGCAAAGAAACGAAAUGCAAGUUUGGUGCGACAUCAAUGGCAAAUCUCAAGUACACUAACGUGACAUGCCGUGUCCUACCUAACAUCGAGUGUUUUGGCCCUGCACCCUUGGAUCAGUGUACGCGAUCGUCCAAUGCAACCGCGCGCACAUUUGUUCGCCACUCUGUGCCCUGCAUCAAGUACACGGGCCAUUACUUCCUCACCACCCUCCUCCUCAGCAUAUUCCUCGGGAUCUGCGCUGCGGACCGCUUCUGUCUUGGCUACAAGUGUUCCGCCGCAGGCAAACUGCUCACCUUGGGCGGGCUUGGGUUUUGGUGGAUUGUGGAUAUUGUGCUGCUGCUGACAGGAAAUCUGCGCCCGUCUGACGGAAGCUCGUGGGAGCCGUACUUCUGAUGGUGAUGAUGAUGAUGAUGAUGAUGAUGAUGAU